AUGGAUGGAGUUGAGGAGGAAGGAACGGACGUCGACGAAGUUGUGAACGCAGCCGCACACGUCGUGCAUCUUGUUGAGAAGCUGAAGUAUGUCCCACAGGAUGCCGGCAAGGACUGGCUCUGGGAUGGGGCCGACAGAGGAAGAGAGGGUCUCGAGGGGGAGAGUGUUGAUGGAUUUUUCGGUGAUGGCUAUGGCCUCGGGGGACUGGCUGCCGUAGAGGAGGAAGGCGUUGCGGACGGGCUCUAA